UUUAGAGUGUUCUCAAACAGCACAAAGUAAAGUAAUCGUAUUGUUGAAAACAUGCACAUUAAAUUAAUUAACCAAAUAUUUCAUUUUUAUUUACAUUUUUUAAAGAAUUUGUAUGCAUUUAUAAUUUUAAAAUUAUUUUCCUAUUUGGUUCUGUGUGUUGUAACAGUAGUAUAUCAAUUGGUUGUUUGUGUUGCCAGUAUCGCAAUAUUACAACCUGUAUUUAAUGUAAGUAGCAUGGUAUUGAUUGAUGCUGUGAGGAAGCUCAUACUUUGGACACUGGUCAGUUCUUUAAUAUUUUUCUAUUACACAAUCAUUCUGCUGUGUUUUCAGGUGGUCAUAGUGGUGACUGCAUGGGUUGACGCUGGCGACAGCCCACGGUGAUGUUUGUGAUA